GAAAGAGUCCUUCCAACUAAAAAAACCAAAGAAACACAACAUUCCUCCCCUUUUCUGCAAAACAAAUAGCCUGCAAUGUACAUACAUUCUUUUAUUUUUGCUGCCAAAAGUGUGCUGCACUGAGACAUCCAAUUGCAAGAGCAAUAUGGCGAAGAGAUCGGAUUUUGCACAGAAGCUGCUGGAUGAUCUCCGGCUACGCAAGGAACGAAUAGCCACAUCUCAAAGCUCAAAUCGUUCAAAACCAAAGGCUAUAGAUGCUUAUGCUUACUCCAAGCAGACCCAUAAAGGAUCCAGGGAUAUGAAAACACUUGAAACUAAUGGUGCCAGAGCAACAAACAUACAUAAUAGAUCUAGUGGAAGCAAUAGAUUUUCCAUCAUUGAAGAAGCUUCAAAACAGAUUGUUCCUUAUGCAAGAGGUCAGAGCUCAGAACAAAUAGGGAAUCUGUCCAUGGCUCUCACUUUUGCCAUUGAGAAUGGAAGAAUUCUACAAACAGAUGCCUCUGGCAAUAAUCCCAUGUUGGGUUUUCUGCACCAAAUUGGUAGGAGAUCCAGAGACAUUGGCAAGAUUGAGAGAAGCAAUGCAGAUAGACAAAGGCCUUCCAGUAAUUGCUUCCCUACUCUUUCUCACCUCCAUAUUGAAGAAAUAUCGAAAGGGGCACAGAAGCUAAACCAGAUUCUAAAAGCCUGCUCUGGUGGCCUUAAUUUUGAUAGAUAUUCAAUAGAAAUUGGGAAGGAACUGUUAAAAGGGGCUAUGGAUUUGGAAGAGUCUUUGCGGAUGCUAGUAAACUUGCAAGCAGCUUCCGAACACAUGGUCAACCCAAACAGGAAAAAUCGGAUUGUAUUGCUGGAGGAGGAUGAAGACAAUGAAGACAACAUUAGCAGAGUAGCUGAGCAGAAGCAGCUUGACCGACCAAGGUUCUCCUUUGACAAGUCCUCAAGGCAUUCUCCUAACAUCCAAGAAGUCGAAAGGAAUACUGUCAAGCAAAGGCUGAAAGCUCUGACUUACGCUACAGAAGCUACUAACUACAACCUUGAAAGUCAAGCACUAAUUACUUUUAAAUCUGCUUCUCAAAAGCAAUCAGCUAGCUAUGGCCCUGAUAUAAAGAUUCUUAGUGCAUUCCCACAACAGAAGAAUCACUCAAGUUCAUCUCAAUCCAAACCAGAAAAGGGGAGGAUUUCAAGUGUGAUUGCAAAAUUAAUGGGGCUUGAUGAUAUUCCACAUCAAGGAGACACAAAAAUCACCAGAAAAACAGAUUCGAAUCCCAAGCAAAAAACAGAAGGGGUGCCCUUACAGCACACGGCACGUGGAAACACGAAGAAUGCAAUACUGAAGACCAAAGAUACUACUAAUCUUGAACCUCCCAAAAGACAAAAAGUGAUGGACGCUAAAAGGAAUCAUGCGAUGCUGGACCCAACCUUUGUGUCUAGAGGAGGGAAAAACCUGCCUACACGAAAUUCCAGCAUUGAGGCGAUUAUUCAUAAUGAGAACUCACUGCAGAAAGACUUGGAACAAAUUCAACAAGGGACAAGCUCAGAGAAGGCCACCCUAAAAACUGAAAAGCAGCAAAACAAGAUAGCCCAGUUAAAUCAGAAUGCCCGAAGUCAAAAGAAUAUUCAGGACAAAGAGAGAAAACAGGAUGACAUAAAGAACAGGGAACAGAAAGGCACAGGAAUGGGCAAAACCAAGGAACCAGUUUCAAGGCAAGAGAUGCGGCAGAUGGAAGCACAGGCACUUAAAAGAUCAGAAGCUGCAGUAAUACUGCAAGGAAAAACAGGGUACAAAGAAUCCACGCUUCAACCAGAAAAGAGAUAUGUGAACAAGCUUCUUCUCUCAAACAACCAAGAAAAGUCUCAGAACAGUCCCGGAUUACAACAAUCGUAUAUUCUCCAGAAACCAGAGCAACAAGGAGAAAAGAAUCAGGGAGAAGAGAGAGAACAGCAGAGUACAAACCAAAAAUUGCAGAUGAGUAAACAAAGAGGAAGAGGACUGAUAUUUAAGACUUCAGCAAAACCCCCGUCUGAUGUGACAAAUUUGCAAAAGAAACACCAACAUAUGAACCAGGCCACAUCAAGUAAGAAAGGCUCUACAGAAGCUAUUCAUGCGGCGCAGUCCGAAGGAUUUCCAAAUGGCAGGCACCGUGAAGAUCUGGUUGCCGAAGAAAGUUCUCCUGACUUAAACUUCCACAUGAAAGCUUUAGAGAAUAGGAACUCAGAAAAGAAGUUUUCUCCAACAGAUCCAGAAUCUCAACUGGUAAGGGAAAAAGCUCGCAUUCCACCAUUUAUGGAGGGAAAACCUGUUUACGUACCAGCCACACAGAAGGAAAAAAAUACCAAAGCACAUAAAAGUGAGACCCCAAGAAAGAUUGAUGAAGUAGCAACCCGGAGAAAUGGAACACUACAAAACUUUGUAAGGUCAUCAAAACAUCAGAGCUCCAUUUUGCAAGAAGUGAAACCAAGAAGGAAUGACAAAUUCAGUGAUUAUAUAGGAGUUGAACAAGUUAGAGCCAACAUGUCUAAAGAAGCAGAAUCACAUAUUGUCAAAUCCAACAAAUCAGCAUCAAGCAUCCAACCAUUGAAUGUGGCACAACUAAUGAAAGAAGCUGAAAAAGCUUUCCCAUUGUACAGCCCUCCAGAAGAUGGAUGCCAAAGCCUAGAAGAACCAGUUCUACCUCCAAAAGGAAGCAGUCAAAACAUGCUCUCAAAAAUUAGUUAUGAUCAGGAAGAUCGUGCGCCUGCUUUUGAUGGAGAUGGACUCAAGGGUUGCAAAUUUACAACAAAUUCAAUUUCUGGAACCAUUGGAGAGAGCAGAGACAUCUCUUACGCCUCACUACUAGAUCACCAUAAAGUUCCCAAAUCAGGAAUGCAUGAGCCAUUAACAGAAAGUGAAAACUUCCUAAAGCAGAUACUGAUAACAAGUGAACUAUUCCUCAACACAGCAGAGGCACUUUUCAAGCUAAACAUUCCUUUUGAUGUUCUUCAUGCAAGUGGCACUCACGACUAUCAAGACGAAGAUAGCAAGCUCAUAUUAGAUUGCGGGUAUGAAUUAAUGAGACGCAAAGGAAGACGACAAGAGCUCACCGUUAAUCCUUGCAUGAAGUUAUCAAUCCAUGCCACAAAAGUAAAAUCUUUGGAGGGUUUGAUCAAGCAGUUGCAUAAGGAUUGUGAGACGUUGAAAUUAUAUGGAAGGAAUGGGAACCCCAAAGCUGACAUCGAAGAUUAUUUACCUAAAAUGCUUGAGAUCGACGUCCACAAUGGUGAUCCUGACGUGAAUUGUAUGUGGGACGUGGGAUGGAAUGACAUGGUGUUCGCUUUGCUAGAAAAGGGCGAUGUUAUCAGGGAUGUGGAAAAGCAUGUUUUCAGUGGGCUCAUCGAAGAUAUCACCAGGGAUCUCUUACCUGAUCGUGCUCAAUCGAAAAGAACACAAUGAAGGAAUUUGAACAAUUCCCACUUUCUGCUGGUGUGGUUUUGUGAACAGUAAAUUAUAAUGGAAUGUUACUUAUCAAAAAAUAAUAUAAUGGAAUUCUCAUU